AACAACUAGCCCUUUAAAGUCUUACUCGAGACUUGAGAGGUUCUUAAAUCUUAAUAAUGGUAUUCUAAUUUUAAUUAGGAAAGAAAAAAACAAAACAUAUAACUCCGUAUACCGUGCCGUGAAUUUCCGGAUUUAUCCGGCGGUGCAGAGUUCAAGAGCCGCCGUGCCAGUAGCGCGGGGCGCGUUACUUUCCGCCACCGUCACACCGCGAACUCCAAGGGGCCCACCUAGAUCAACCCCCUAACCUGACUUCCCCGUUCAUCAGCAAUAAAAGAUCUAAUCUAUCUAUCUCUAUCUAUCUAUAUACAGCCGGAUCUCUUCUGUCCCUUGUGCAUUACGCGUUGCACUUUCCAGUCUUCUUCUUAUCUCUCUCUUCAAAUUUCUCUUACUAAAACCCUUUCUCUCUCUUACCCACUCUCUAAAAUUGUCAUUGUCGACACUACGUUCUUUGAUUCCCUGAUCCCACGCCACCUACAGCUCAGAGGAGAGAAACCCAUUAAUCCCAAUCUGGGUUUCUCUCAAGAAAGGAAUCGACCCCCACCCCACCCCACCCCCACACCCACCCCACUACGCGUAGUUAUACACCGUAGACAAUACACCUAAUUUAUUAGCCGAUAUUAAUACCGUAUCUGUAUUUGUGCGUUUGUACAUCAUUUUCAGCCAGUCUGGUUAUUAAGAGCACACUAUCAUAAACUAAGAGAGUUGAAGAAAGAGAACAGGCUGUGCCUUUCUUGACUGUUCUGCAUAAUGGGCUUCUCUCACUGAAAGAGAGAAGGGGGAUAAAGGGAAGAGGGAGUUAUCUCUUUCCUUGUUUGCUGGCUGUGAAGGUCCAAUGGAAACCAAAGGGAGGCUAAUUGCUGGUUCACAUAAUAGGAAUGAGUUUGUACUCAUAAAUGCAGAUGAGGUUGGAAGGGUCACUUCUGUGAAGGAGUUAAGUGGGCAGAUUUGCCAGAUUUGUGGGGAUGAGAUUGAGAUUACGGUGGAUGGAGAGCCAUUUGUUGCUUGUAAUGAAUGUGCAUUCCCUGUUUGUAGACCCUGCUAUGAAUAUGAAAGGAGGGAAGGAAAUCAAGCUUGCCCUCAAUGCAAAACUAGGUACAAGCGCAUAAAAGGGAGUCCCAGAGUUGAAGGUGAUGAAGAAGAGGAUGAAUUUGAUGAUUUGGAUCACGAGUUUGAUUACCCUGAACAUUUUACUGAGGCGGGGCUUUCUGCUCGCUUUAAUGGCGGGCUUGGAGUCCAUGGUUCGGGGACCAACCCAAUGGAGUCCGAUCCGUCUUCACUUGACUCAAAAAUCCCUCUACUUACCUAUGGUGAAGAGGAUGAUGGCAUUUCAGCAGACAAACAUGCUCUUAUCAUUCCUCCAUUUAUUAGUCGUGGGAAGAAAGUUCACCCUGUUCCUUUCUCUGACACUGCGUCGGUGGCAUCGAUGCCACCUCGUCCCAUGGAUCCAAAGAAAGACUUGGCCGUCUAUGGGUAUGGAACUGUUGCAUGGAAGGAAAGAAUGGAUGAGUGGAAGAAAAAGCAGAAUGAUAAACUGCAGGUAGUUAAGCAUGAAGGAGAUAAAGGCGGAGGUGAUGAGCUUGAUGAUCCUGAUUUGCCUAAGAUGGAUGAAGGGAGGCAACCACUUUCAAGAAAGUUAUCAAUUCCCUCAAGCAAAUUAAGUCCUUACAGACUAAUCAUAUUACUCCGCAUGGUGAUUCUAGGGUUCUUUUUCCAUUAUAGACUCCUCCACCCUGUCAAUGACGCGUUUGGUUUGUGGCUGACAUCUAUCAUAUGUGAGAUAUGGUUUGCUGUUUCAUGGAUCUUUGAUCAGUUCCCAAAGUGGUUCCCCAUUGUACGAGAAACAUACCUUGACAGGCUGUCCCUAAGGUAUGACAAAGAAGGGAAACCAUCUGAACUGGCCCCUAUAGACGUGUUUGUGAGUACAGUGGACCCCUUGAAAGAACCUCCACUGAUUACUGCAAACACUGUUCUUUCCAUCCUGGCAGUUGAUUAUCCGGUUGACAAGGUGUCUUGCUACGUCUCAGAUGAUGGUGCUGCCAUGCUCACUUUUGAGGCCCUAUCUGAGACAUCUGAAUUUGCAAGGAAAUGGGUCCCGUUUUGCAAAAGGUUCAACAUCGAGCCUCGCGCACCCGAGUGGUAUUUUUGUCAGAAGAUCGAUUAUUUGAGGAACAAAGUGGAUCCAACUUUUGUCAGGGAACGCCGCGCAAUUAAGAGAGAAUAUGAGGAGUUUAAAGUUCGUAUCAAUGGGCUGGUUGCCAUGGCACAGAAGGUUCCAGAAGAUGGUUGGACCAUGCAAGAUGGCACUCCUUGGCCUGGAAACCUAAUCAGGGAUCAUCCUGGAAUGAUCCAGGUUUUCUUGGGCCAUGAUGGUGUCCGUGACAUUGAUGGAAACGAACUGCCUCGUCUUAUAUAUGUUUCUCGUGAGAAAAGACCUGGUUUUGAGCACCACAAAAAAGCUGGUGCCAUGAAUUCCUUGGUUCGAGUGUCAGCUGUAAUCUCAAAUGCUCCUUAUAUUCUCAAUGUUGAUUGUGACCACUACGUCAACAACAGUAAAGCACUCCGAGAAGCCAUGUGUUUUAUGAUGGACCCACAGUCCGGGAAAAAAAUAUGCUAUGUGCAGUUCCCACAAAGGUUUGAUGGAAUUGAUCGGCACGACAGAUACUCCAACCGUAAUGUUGUCUUCUUCGAUAUAAAUAUGAAAGGGCUUGACGGAAUACAAGGUCCAAUAUAUGUUGGAACUGGAUGUGUGUUCAGGAGGCAAGCUCUUUAUGGAUUUGAUGCCCCCAAAAAGAAGAAACCUCCAGGGAAAACAUGCAACUGUUUGCCAAAGCUGUGUUGCUGUUGUUGUUCUGAAUCUCGAAAGGAUAAGAAAGGAAAAUCAAAGGACAAAAAGAAGGCCAAAAGCAAGGAGACUUCUCCGCAAAUUCACGCUCUUGAAAACAUUGAGGAAGGAAUUGAAGGAAUUGAUAGUGAAAAAGCAGCACUUAUGCCCCAAGUAAAACUAGAGAAAAAGUUUGGCCAGUCACCAGUUUUUGUUGCUUCAACACUUCUAGAAGACGGUGGUAUUCCUCCAGGAACCACAUCAGCAUCCCUUCUCAAAGAAGCUAUCCACGUCAUAAGUUGUGGCUAUGAGGAUAAAACAGAAUGGGGCAAAGAGGUUGGGUGGAUCUAUGGAUCCGUUACUGAGGAUAUCUUAACGGGCUUCAAAAUGCACUGUCACGGCUGGAGAUCCGUCUAUUGCAUGCCCAAAAGGCCCGCGUUCAAAGGUUCAGCUCCCAUUAAUCUUUCAGACCGUCUGCACCAAGUUCUUCGGUGGGCCUUGGGAUCUGUAGAGAUCUUGUUGAGCAGACAUUGCCCGAUUUGGUACGGUUAUGGGUGUGGUCUGAAAUCACUGGAACGAUUUUCCUAUAUAAACUCUGUUGUUUAUCCGUUGACCUCUGUUCCAUUGCUUGCUUAUUGUACAUUGCCAGCUGUCUGCCUGCUCACUGGAAAGUUCAUUGUUCCUGAGAUUAGUAAUUAUGCAAGUAUUGUUUUCAUGGCUAUGUUCAUAUCCAUUGCUGCAACAAGUAUAAUGGAGAUGCAGUGGGGAGGUGUCAGCAUAGAUGACUGGUGGAGGAACGAGCAGUUCUGGGUGAUUGGAGGAGUCUCCUCCCACUUCUUUGCUCUAUGGCAAGGUCUCCUCAAGGUCUUAGCCGGGGUCAACACUAACUUCACCGUCACGUCCAAAGCAGCUGAUGACGGUGACUUUGCUGAUCUGUACAUCUUCAAGUGGACGGCUCUGCUGAUCCCUCCCACAACACUGCUCAUCAUCAACAUCAUCGGCGUCAUAGUCGGAGUCUCUGAUGCCAUCAACAACGGGUACGACUCGUGGGGCCCGCUGUUCGGCAGGCUCUUCUUUGCCCUCUGGGUCAUCAUCCACCUGUACCCUUUCCUCAAGGGUUUGAUGGGGAAACAGAACGGGGUGCCUACCAUCAUUGUCGUCUGGUCGAUUCUUCUUGCUUCCAUCUUCUCGCUGUUGUGGGUCAGGAUAAACCCGUUCGUGUCACGGGACGGGCUUGUGUUAGAGGUAUGUGGGUUAGAUUGCGAGUAAAAGAGGAACCCUGUUUUUACAGUUCUUUUUACUUGAGGGACUCGGAGAACAUAGCAGAGACUUCGGAAGCAGAAGAUGAAGUGAAGAAACAAGAACGGGUUCAGGUGGUGGUUGUGUACAGACAGACACAUUCAAAUCUUUGUUUUUGUGGAAAGCUUUUUAAUUCAUUCUUUAGGUACAGUAUGUGGUGGUGGUGGCUUGCAUCAGAAAGGGUAUGUGUUAAUCUUUUAAAAGGAACAUAUAUAUUAUUUAUUAUUUAUAGGACCUGCCUCAUAAAUUAUGGAGUGUAUCUCUUUCUCAAUAAAGAAAAAAAUGAACUUCCACAGUGUAAUUUUUCUUUGCUACCCAAAGAAACUUUUUUCCAUGUUUGACCCCAUAUGAGCAUUUUGGUUUGGUGCAGAUGAGAAUUUCAUUCAUUUUCAUUGUAAGAAUGCAUCAAAAGAACACAGUUGUGGUGCUGAAUCCCCUUUUUUCAGUAAAAGAUCAUUUUUGGUUUGUUGCUGCUGUUGUAAUGAGCAUAUCUACAUAUGCAGUGUAAAGCAAUUAUUAGUUUAUUACUAUCCCUUAUAAUGUUAUAUUAAACCAAUUCGAUUUAUUUGGUAUGGUGCCAUUUAUGUUUAAAUCUUGACCAACACUCCAAUAGCCAUGGUUUUAAAACUCAAGA